AUGGACUCCCUGGAAAGCGGUGGCAUCUUGUCAGACUGCGAUCCAGGUUGGCUAUCAGUGUAUUUCAGUGUCAUCACGGCCGCUCUGUUGAUGAUGGAAGACGAGGAAGCUCGCGAGAUACUUCCUACAGGAGACCUUGAAAAUAUUCUACGACAGUGGUACAAGGCGGCCUUAUUCUGUCUCGAAGAAGCAGACUACAUGAGAACCAGCACAGUUCGCCCUGUUCAGGCGAUCGCAGUACUUGGCAUGUGCUUUCACAACUUUGGUGAUUCCGGUCUAUAUCGUCAUCUCUGGAGUUGCGCAAUACGGAUCGCGCGGAAUCUCGGGCUCGACGGCUCUCGGGCUACAAACCCCUGUUCAGAGCUGGGUGUCGAGGCUCAAAGACGUCUAUGGUGGACCUUGGUCAUCUGCGAAUGGUACAUUUGUGUUGCGGCUUGCCCCGAAGCUGUAACGAUUGAGGCUAAUCCAUCAUUCAGGCUCGCGGUUCCUUACUACGUGCCACAAGUCGACGAAGGAGAUUUUGAUGUUCCACUUCCCACGAUCGAUCCCGAGACUGAGGGUGCCCAACCGGUGCUGUAUCACAUUUUCAUGGCACGGACCUCGACUGUUUAUCACAGAUUUAGGUCAGCGCUGCGAGAAGGCACACGGUCAGUUUCCGAGGUCGUUCGUCUAGCCGAUGAUGAACUAGCAGAGGUCAUCAACACCCUGCCAGCCCACCUUCAGCCUGAUGGAGGCAAGAAUGAGGAGAUGCAGGAGUUAGAGCUCGUUCAUCCCUGGAUCAAAUGGCAGCGAUUCGACAUCAGCCUCGUACUUCUCCAUCAUCGAAUGCGCAUCAACCGUUCUCUGCAAAAGCAAUGGUUAGCAGUCCCUGGCCCGUAUGAUUGGGCACGAGCUGUGUGUAUUCGCUCUGCCAUGGACAUUAUUUGGAUAACUCACAACUGGGAUCAACCAGUCGCAAUGCGACGACAGUGGGCAUUGUCGAUGCAUAUUUUCGUGGCCGCUAUUUUUCUUCUCAGAGAAUCCCACAGAGCCCAGGCUGGUGCUGAGGUUGAUUUCACUGAUGAAGUGCAGCUCGCCAUCGAAUAUCUCGACGCGGUCAAGUCGCGGAACGCAAUAGCUGAGAGAGCUGUUGCCAUCCUAAGGUCCUCACUUGACGCAAUAGAUACGGAGACGGUCAUUCCUUGA